AUGAAGCGAAGGAAAACUGCCGGUGCCAAGACUGUCUCUAGCAGAAGCAAGUCUCGUCAGCAGAAGCAGACUGGUGUGCAACAACAACUGCAACCGAAAAAGAUAAAAGAAGAGAAGUUUGACGACGACGACGACGACGGAAUAGCAUUCACUUUUGGGGACCGAAAAGAACAGCAACGAGCAAUCGCGAGCAUCAGCACAGCAGCAGCACUGCAGACCAUCAAACAGGAGCUGGAUGAUCUAGGCUUUCCAAGUCCGAAUUCUGUGAUCCGAAGACCGCCAUCAAAGCUGUCAUCCUCCUCCUCUAAGCAUACCUACUCAGCAAACCCUGAAGGCAUCCUGGCGGAAGCAAAUUUAUCCUUCAUCAAGAGCGACGACGAGUUCGACGAGAGCGACUCGAUGGACUCGAGCAACUCCAAACUCAGCAGCUACACCACCGGCUCGGGCGCCAUGCCGCAAGUGCAGGGGCCCAUCACCGACGACCUCCUGGUGACGCUCACCGUCAGAGAGCUCAACCGGCAGCUAAAAAUGUCAGGCAUGUCAAAGGCGGAGAUGAUUAAGAUGAAGCAACGGAGGAGAACGCUGAAGAAUCGAGGCUACGCGGCGUCAUGUCGAAACAAGCGACUCGAGCAGAAAGGUGACUUGGAGAGUGAAAAGACCAAUGUCGUGCACUACAUUUCCCAUAUGGACGAAGCGGUAAUUAAGGCACGAGAAGAUAUUCGCGCCUACAAGGAAAAGUUUGAAUCACUGCAGCAGUUUGCACAUCAACGGCAAAUUGAACUUCCUCCUGAACUGCAGCAGUUUAUCGACUGUGGCGACUAUGUCUAA